AUGCAGUGCACCCUCUCACACUGGCACACAGCACACCAAAACAACACUGCACAUUCUCCGGGACGAGGCGGUUGGACGGGGAGGCACGUUCUGGGUGACGAGAGACGACAACAUAAUCUGCGGCGAUCAUUCAAAGGGGAAAUGUUUAAUUUAAAGGAGACCAACUCCGAGGAAUACUAAUUAGCCGAGAUUAGGGUAUUAGUCAUGGUCCUGGAGAUAUGGCCUCCCUUGUACGAAGAAAUCUGUUUAAUGACUCUAUAGCUGCUGCUUUAUACCCAUAUUUUAAAUCAACGUCAGUCAAGGAAAAUGGGCUGCAUGAAGGAAAUGGCAUUAAUUUAAUAGAAAACAUCAGAUUGAUUAUGAGCCAUAAAUUAUGAUUGAAGCGGAUAAUGAUGAUGAGAAUGUGUGGAAUGCUUCAGCGGCUAUUCUGGACCUUGACUCAGAUUCCUGGGCAGACCGCUCACCCCUCCACGAGGCUGCAAGUCAUGGCCGCCUCCUGGCCCUGAAGACCCUCAUCCUUCAGGGUCACGGUGUGAACGUGCUGACCAUAGACCGCGUGUCGCCCCUUCAUGAGGCCUGUCUCGGAAACCACGUUACUUGUGCCAGAGCUCUGAUCGACGCAGGAGCCAAUGUCAACGCCUUGACAAUUGAUGGAGUCAGCCCUCUGUUUAACGCCUGCACUGUGGGCAGCGUGGCAUGCGCCGAAACUCUUUUGGCAAAUGGAGCAAAACCCCAAAGUAUGGUGUACCACCCCUCGCCCAUCCAUGAAGCCACAAGCAAAGGUCAUCACGGUUGUGUGGAGGCUCUGGUGACUUGGGGGGCAGAUGUGGACAUGGACAUUCCUCACCUGGGCACGGCGCUCUAUACGGCCUGCGUCUGCCGAGAGCUGGAGUGUGCCAGGAAACUCCUGAGGGAAGGUGCCAAUGUACAGAAAGGCAAAUCCCUGGAUUCACCGCUACACGCAGCUGCGGAGAAAGACUUCACAGGUGCGGUGAAGCUGCUGCUGGACUUUGGCGCCGACAUUAACGCCCGGAACACAGAGUUUCAGAGGCCGGUGGACAUGGCUCCACCCAGCAGUAUAACUGAGGGUUUCCUGCUCGUCUAUGAAGCUACACCACGACUCCUGAGCCAACUGUGUCGUCAGUGCAUCAGGAACUGCGUCGGCCGGGACAGACUCCACCUUCUCGCCCACCUGCCUCUGCCCAACAGGCUCAAGAACUACCUGCAGUACAAGUGAAAGGCAGAAGAAACAAAAUGUCCCCCCCCCCACCAAUGGGACUUAUGAGAAGACGCCUUUCGACAAACUGCACAUCAACUCCAUGAACUCCUCCGACCUUUAAUUUUAGCUGCUACUCAAUGCUGUACGAACAAUUUAUGGAAAUAAGACACGGAGCUGCCGCAGAGUAGCUGACAGAACCACGUUGUGUUGAACUAGUCUGCUUCCCAUGUGUGGAUGUUUGGACCUGGACGAAUGUGAAGCAGGAUAUUGUUAAAACAGGCCCUCAGGCUCAGCCGUCCCCAGAUCAAUUAGGAAUACAAAUAUUUUUGAUAAACAGAGUUUUAUCUGCUUUUCAGAUUUGUAGUGUUGUUAGAAAAUGUAUUAAAUGAGUGGUGCACUUUGAAAACUUUGCAUAUUGUGACACAAAAAAUCUCUUUAUACUGUACAUAUAUGAAUGAGUGCUCGUAGUUUUGCAUUGCACACCUUUAGAUCAUUAAAAUCCAUUUGAAACCUG